AUGCAUCUCCUCGGUCUGGUUGCUGCUGCUGCUGCUCUCAGUGCUAUCCUCGAUGUUGUGCCCGCAACUGCCGAGCCCAUUGCACGGCGCCAGACAAGUACAGCGAGCGAACGCCUUGGCUUAACAUGGCUUGGUGGAAAUAGUUCCUUACCCAAAGUUCUCAUCCUGUUCACGGGAGGAACUAUAUCAGGAGGAUCCAUCUACGGCGCUCUAGAUGACACUCAAUACGGACAAAUCGGCAUAACAGGAGAAGACAUCAUCGCUCGGAACCCGUACCUACUUAAUCACACACAACUCGCCGUAUCGAAUUGGACGACUCAAGGCAAUGGGUCCACCGGCACCAACGACGCCCUUGUCAUGAACAUGACACGCUUCACACACGAUGCUCUCUGCUCUCCCGACAGCGACAUCCUAGGCGCUGUAUUUACCCAUGGGACCAAUUCCCUCGAGGAAACUGCUUUCCUAAUGGACAGCCUCGUAAAUUGCGGCAAGCCCAUCGUCGCCACAGGUAGCAUGCGCCCUUUUACACACCUCUCCUAUGAAGGCGACGCAAACUUCUUCGACGCCGUCAUGCUGGCUGCAAGCCCUGCCUCACGUGGUCGAGGCGUCAUGGUUGCUUUCAACGCGCGCAUCAUCCCCGGCUACUGGGUUACGAAGCUGCAUUCUACGAAUCCCGAUGCUUUUGGUGCAAAUGCCGGCGGCGACUUGGGCUUGUUCAUAAACAGUUUGCCUGUUUUUUACAAUUCACCAAGUCAACCGCUGUUCAAGCACUACUUUGAUAUCAACACUGUAUCGUCAUAUGCAACAUUUCCCCGUCUGCCCAAAGUUGAUAUUCUUUAUGCGGCUCGCGAAUUCGACGGCAAACUUGUACUCGGUGCACAAGCGAAUGGCGCUCAGGGCGUAGUAAUUGCAGGGACGGGUAACGGAGGUAUUCCGAGUGGUCAAGAUCAAAUAUCGGAAGCGUUGGAAAAGGGCUUGCAGAUUGUAGUCGGGACAAGAAGUCCAUAUGGCCCAUCGAGUCCGGCGCUCAGACCCAGUUUCGCUAAGUCCGGGUUCGUACAUCCGAUUCAGGCGAGGAUCAUGUUGCAGCUGGCCAUUGCGAGUGGGAUGGGUAUGAAUGAGACAAUUGAUGUGUUCGAGGGUGGAUUUAGAAAAGCUAUUGGUCAGCCUUGGACGCCGGGGGGAUGA